AUGAAUAACACAGUCUCUCCACCGCUCGCCUACGGCCGCCAUCCCGGGGAUGUAUUGGGCGUGACCGAACUCCUCGAGAAUGUGCUCUGCAACCUGAGCCCCGGCGAUAUCCUCAAGAACUCUCAAGCAGUCUCAAAGUUCUGGCGAGAUUGUGUGCAGGGAUCAACUGCAAUCAAGAAGAAGUGCUUUUUGAUCGCCAACAACAUGAGCGAAGAGGAAACAGACCGUCGACUAUUUUUGGGGGCGGGUCUUCCUGACUUGGGCAAAUCUCUAGUUGCAGAAUGGCGCCAAUGGGGACAUACUAGGGAUAUUGCCCAAAUGACAGUGGUGACACCGGCUACUCUUCGCGCCUUCUUCGCCGACAACUCAAUGGCUCAUCGCGGUCAAUACAAAUCGGGCACCCAAGAUUAUUUCUAGAG